AUGACGGCCCAAAAGAUUGAUGGCACUGCCAUUGCAAAGUCCAUCCGCGAGCGCAUCAACCAGGAAAUCACCGAGAAGAAGGCCGCCAACCCUCGCUACAAGCCCUCGCUCAAGAUUGUCCAGGUCGGCGCCCGCUCAGACUCGUCGACCUAUGUGCGCAUGAAGCUCAAGGCCGCCACCGAGGCCAACAUCGAGUGCGACCUCGAAAACUACCCCGAAGACAUUAGCGAGUCGGAGCUGCUCUACCACAUUGAGCGCUUCAACAACGACCCUUCGAUUCACGGCAUCCUCGUCCAGCUGCCCGUCCCCAAGCACAUUUCCGAGCACGCCGUCACCUCGGCCGUCGCUGACGAGAAGGAUGUCGAUGGCUUUGGUGUAGCCAACAUCGGCGAGCUGGCCAAGCGCGGCGGCAAGCCUCUCUUCACACCCUGCACACCCAAGGGAGUCAUGGUGCUGCUCAGCGAGAGCGGCGUCGACAUCAAGGGCAAGAACGCCGUCGUCAUUGGCCGCAGCGACAUUGUCGGCAGCCCUGUCAGCUACCUGCUCAAGAACGCCGAUGCCACCGUCACCGUCUGCCACAGCAAGACCAAGGAUCUGCCCGGCUACGUCAAGCAGGCCGACAUUGUCGUUGCCGCCAUUGGCGCUCCUGGCUUCGUCAAGGGCGAGUGGCUCAAGGAGGGCGCCGUCGUCAUUGACGUCGGUACCAACUACAUCCCCGACGACACCAAGAAGUCGGGCCAGCGUCUGGUCGGUGACGUCGACUACGAGUCUGCCGUCGAGGUCGCUUCGCAGAUCACUCCCGUGCCUGGCGGUGUCGGACCCAUGACUGUGGCCAUGCUCCUCCGCAACGUUGUCGACUCUGCUGACAGCUACUUUGACCGCCAAAAGUCUCGCAAGAUCACACCGCUCCACCUCAAGCUCGAACAGCCCGUCCCUGCCGACUGGGAAGUCUCGCGCAAGCAGCACCCCAAGCUCAUCACAAAACUUGCCGCCGAAAUCGGUCUCUCCGCCCACGAACUCGAGCCCCACGGCGCAUACAAGGCCAAGGUCGGACUCGACGUCCUCAAGCGCCUCGAACACCGCAAGAACGGCCGCUACGUGCUGGUCGCCGGCAUCACGCCCACUCCUCUCGGUGAGGGCAAGUCGACAACUACCAUUGGUCUUGUCCAGGCUCUCGCCGGCCAGCUCGGUCGCAUCGCCUUUGCCAACGUCCGCCAGCCCAGCCAAGGUCCCACUUUCGGCAUCAAGGGUGGUGCCGCUGGUGGUGGCUACAGUCAGGUCAUUCCCAUGGACGAGUUCAACCUGCACUUGACUGGCGACAUCCACGCCAUCACCGCCGCCAACAACCUGCUCGCCGCUGCCAUCGAGACUCGCAUCUUCCACGAGAACACACAAAAGGACGGCCCUCUAUACAAGCGUCUCGUGCCUACGCAAAAGGGCAAGCGCGAGUUCAAGCCCAUCAUGUUCCGCCGUCUCAAGAAGCUCGGCAUUGAAAAGACCAACCCCGACGAAUUGACCGAGGACGAGAUCCGCCGCUUCGCCCGUCUGGACAUCGACCCCGACACCAUCACCUGGCGCCGCGUGCUCGACGUCAACGACAGACAUCUCCGCGGCAUCACCGUCGGCCAGGCUCCUACAGAGAAGGGCCAGACCCGCCAGACCGGCUUCGACAUCUCAGUCGCCAGCGAGUGUAUGGCCGUGCUUGCCCUCAGCAAUUCGCUUUCCGACAUGCGUGAGAGACUUGGUCGUAUGGUCGUUGCCAGCUCCCGUGCCGGUGAGCCCGUCACUUGCGACGACAUCGGUGUUGGUGGUGCCUUGACCGCCCUCAUGAGAGACGCCAUCAAGCCCAACCUCAUGCAGACCCUUGAGGGCACUCCCGUCUUUGUCCACGCUGGUCCCUUCGCCAACAUCUCUAUUGGUGCUUCCUCGGUCCUCGCAGACAAGCUCGCCCUCAAGCUGGCUGGUACCGAGCCCGAUGAGGACUACACCUCAAGAACUGGUUUCGUCGUCACCGAGGCCGGUUUCGACUUCACCAUGGGUGGUGAGCGCUUCAUGAACAUCAAGUGCCGCUCCUCGGAGCUCAAGCCUGAUGUCGUCGUCAUUGUCGCCACUGUUCGUGCGCUCAAGACUCACGGUGGUGGCCCCGCCAUCACUCCCGGUGCCCAGCUUCCCGAAGUUUACCGCACCGAGAACGUUGACAUUCUCCGCAAGGGUUGUGUCAACCUGAAGAAGCACAUUGAGAACGCCCGUCAAUACGGCGUCAAGGUCGUUGUUGCCAUCAACAAGUUCGAGACUGACACCGAAAAGGAGGUCCAAGUCAUCCGCGAGGAGGCUCUUGCUGCUGGUGCCGAGGACGCCAUCCCUGCAAACCACUGGGCUGAGNNGGGUGGCAAGGGCGCUGUUGAACUCGCCCAGGGUGUCAUUUCCGCCUGCGAGAAGGCCGAGUCCAACGACUUCAAGCUGCUGUACGAUCUUGAGGACUCUGUCCAGGAGCGUAUCGAGAAGAUUGCCAAGAACAUGUACGGAGCUUCAGGCGUCGAGUUCAGCGAGACUGCCCAGAAGAAGGUCGAUGCCUACACUCGCCAGGGCUUUGGCAACCUGCCCAUCUGUAUCGCAAAGACACAAUACUCGCUCUCGCACGACCCAGAUCUCAAGGGUGCUCCUUCGGGCUUCGUCGUCCCUAUCAGAGACGUUCGCAUGGCUGCCGGUGCUGGGUACCUGUAA